ACUCACAAACUACUGUAGAGUGGGUUAAGCGGCCCUCUCCCCAUGUCACAAUGUAUUCCUACUCGCCAAAACACCACCUCGCGCUGUUGAUAUGAAAGUGUAUACGACUAUUUCUAUGGAGUUUUUGGAUAUUGAGGAUUUAUGGCGUCCAAAAUAUCUACAUUUUGCUGCCUGUUUCUGAUAUCGUUUCUAAUCGUCAGCGGUGAAGGGGGUUCGUUAAAGCUGAGCUUAGGUUUUACUGCUCUUUCUCCACCAGAAGUAAUACUUUCAAGAAAUCAUCAUUUAUUGCUGAACUGCUCUGGAUAUUCAACUGAGGGUCCUCUUCACACAUCUUGGCAAUUUCAGGACAAUGACAUAAAAGAGAAGCACUUUAAAGUCUUCUCUAAUGGCUCUUUGUAUAGUGAAAGAUUACCUUCACAGAAAAAGAAAGAGCGCCGUUGGGAAGGCAAUUACACUUGUCUGCUUCGAAACAAAGUUGGGACAUUGGUCAGCAGGCCAAUUAGAGUGAUCUUUGCUCGUAUGUCAAAAACUUUCACAUCCAAGCCCCAACCGCUCACUGUCAAAGAAGGUGGAUUUGCUCGCUUCAGUUGCCAAAUUAAUGCUGUGCCACCACCAGUCGUCUCAUGGUACAGAGAUGGCAUCCAACUACCUCAAAACAACACUAGGUAUACGAUCCUACCCUCGGGAACCUUGCAAAUCGCUGAGGUUACUCUGAGUGAUGAAGGCAGCUACAAAUGUCUUUGUGAGAAUAUUGCCCGACAAAGAGAAAAUUCUGAGGCAGCUCUGACUGUUGAACCCAGAUCAGAAGAAUUCCAACCACCAGUAUUUUUGAGUCCUGCUGAAGAAGUUAUAGCCAUUAGUAACAGUUCAGCUAUUUUGGAGUGUUUUGCAGAUGGUUUUCCAGUGGUCGAGCUUAGCUGGAGGAGAGAAGAUGGGAAGCCUGUAUCAGGGGAGCUAUUGGGAAAGGGCAAUCUUUUAAUUCCUCAAGUACAACCUGAUGAUGCCGGCACCUACAUUUGUUCUGCUAAGUCUGUGAAUAAAGAGACAAACCAAAUGGCAGUUGCAAUACAAAAAUAUUCCUUAAAUGUACAUGUGCCACCAAAAUUUUUAAAAGUUCCUCAAAGCCAAGUUAUUCCUACUGCUCAAACCGUGAGAUUUGAUUGUGAGGUUGAAGGUAUACCUGAUGUCUCCACUCAUUGGUUAAGAAAUGGUGAACAACUUUAUAUUAACGGCAGGAUAAAACUUAAAACUGGUAACACACUGGUGGUUUCUCAGACAGUUACUACUGAUUCAGGAAUUUAUCAGUGUGUUGCAUCCAACUCAGCUGGAGUUAAUGUAUCAUCAGCUAGAUUAGUGGUAAAUGCAUCAAGUAAUCAGCCUCAACCUCCAUCAAAUUUGAAAGCAAUUACCGCUUCCAGCAGUGCCAUUUUACUUUCCUGGGAUGCAGUACCAUCUCCUCCUUUAGCUCCUAUUCAAGCUUAUACUGUUCACUAUGUCCCUACUAAAGGGGGAACUGAACAAGAUGCUGUGGCUGUAAACACUACUCUCUUGGUAGAUCGUUUAAAGCCAUAUACAAAUUACUCAUUUUAUGUCAGAGCCUACAGCCAUAAAAGUGCCAGUGAGCCUUCUCAAACAAUAGUACAAAUGACAGGAGAAGAUGUUCCUCUUGUUGCACCAAAAAUAAGACUCACCAGUUUAAGUCCAACAACGUUGCAUGUGCAGUGGGAUGAGAUGCCUUUAGAGGAAUCUCGAGGAAUAAUAACCGGGCAUCGCAUUUACUUCCGCAAACACAAACAAGCCUCUUCUAGUGUUCGAACUGUUAAUGUUGCCACUGAAUACACUAUAACAGGACUCAUUCCUAAACAAAAGUAUGAUGUUAGAAUGCUGAGUGGUACAAAAGCUGGCUUUCCUACUCUUCCUGAAGAAUCUUGGCCCUGGCAAACCUAUGAAAUGCCACCUGCUUCCAGCUCCAAAGUCCCUUUCCCUCCCACUCUACAUUUAACUGUUGUUAACAACACUGCUUUAGAAGUGAAAUGGAGUAUGACCCCCGAUAACCCCUAUCCAGUGACGGGCUAUUACCUCUCGUACAGACAGCAAAAUAAACCCCUCCAACAACCUAUUUCCCUCCCUGCUAAUGCCACUAAGUUUCUUCUAUCUGACUUGGAUCCCCAGUCUUGGUAUGAAGUGCACUUGGUUGCAUUCAAUAAGAAAGGUGAAAGUCGAGAGGCUGUUCGCAACAUCAUCACUUUUUCGGGUGACAAUCCGGACAUUGAAACUGUUGAAGUUGUUGAACCUCCUCAUCAAUUAGAUGCUGAACCUCUAAGUUCAUCAAGUAUUCGUCUCACUUGGAAGACACCAGAAACUAGUAGAAAUAUUAGUUAUUAUACAGUUCGAUAUCACCCAGUCUUUACAAAUGGCCUAGUCAAUGAAUCCUACAUAUACUACAUCAGAAGUACAAACAAUGAAGUUGUCAUCAUGGAUUUGCAGCCUUUUAUGUUGUAUGAAUUUUCUGUUCGUUCACACGAUGUGGACAAACGCCAAGGUCCUUAUAGCUCCACAGUUGAAUGCAGAACAAAUGAAGCAUUGCCAUCUGUUCCUCAAGAUAUGACAUGGGCUCCAGUUGAUGCCAACUCCAUUCGUUUGAAUUGGCAAGCACCCAAGUAUACAAAUGGCAUUAUAACUGCCUACUACAUACUCUAUAGUACAAAAAAUGACAAUAAGCUUAAUUCAUGGAAAAUAAAAGAGGAGAAAGGCUCAGAGCUGACAUCACUUCUAACUGGGCUUACUAGCAACACAAUUUAUUAUUUGCGAAUGAGAGCCAGGAAUUCUGCCGGCAUGAGCCCUCCGACAAGUGUAGAACGAAUAAAUAUUCCAGUCAGGCAUAACAUUACCAGACCUCCUAGUCCAGAAUCUAUUGAAGCUGAGCCUAGCAAUCCGCUUCUUGGAAUCAUCAUUGGAGUUAGCAUUGGUUUAGUGUGCAUCAUCAUUUGCGCUGCUAUCAUUUGUCGCAAAAGGUGCUGCAUAUCUAAUCCAGAUCCUGCGUCUUCUGAAGGAAGAAGUUGUUGUGGGAAUGGUUAUAUUCCCCAUUUGAAUGGUCACAUAUUGAGCGGCCACUCUGCUAACAGAACUACUAUUGAAAGCCGUGAAAUGGAAACCUAUCCCAAUGGCUCUAAUCAACACCAUUUGGAUACAAAGGGUGGCUACCCUACAAAGUUAUGCAACGGCAAAGUCAAUGGACUUCCAAAGCAAAUAAUUAAGGGUAACCAUGCACCCGUACAAAACAAUCGAUGUGAAAAGUCAAUCAGCCAUGAAAGCCCUCCCGCUACGAAACAGCUCAUGCGUUAUGCUCCCAGUGACUGCAAAGUGUCUGAAAACGGCUGGGGGGAUGAACCUGGUGACGUUACAUCAUCCACUAUUUUGCUGGAUGAGAAUCUGCAGUCAGAAUCUGCAGAGUGCAGCAGCAACGGCACUCCCAGACACUGGAAGUGUGACUCAUCUACAAAUGGUGCUAAAAAUAAAAAAGAGGCUGAAAGUUCCUGCAAUACUGAAUCAAAGAACGAUUCCCUUCACAAACUCGUUCCACAAACUCCUUGCACAGUGCCACCUACAUCCCCCUCUCCCUCAUCAUCCCAUCCAUCUCCGUCAGACUGUUAUCUCCCGACGACACGGGAGAAUGACCAAAACUAUGUGCCAUCCAUAGACUCAUCACGGGGAGAGGAGAGGGACAAGAGCUCCGCCGCAGCUAAUACUAGCAGGGCUAGCAAUGGCGACGAGCAGUCCUCGCUACCCUUUUCAGUGAAUGCAUUUCUUUCACCUCUUGCUGGUCCACGUUUUUCUCAGUCAUCCAACGCAAAUGCUGAGCCAACCUAAAACAGAUCUGAGUUUUUCUCAUUUCGAUUUUAUUUUAAAGUGCAGAAAAAAUUUCAAAAAAAAAGAGAAAACAAUUAAGGUCCGACGAGGGACCAACGACUCCCUCCGGGAAUCCAUAGAAUGUCAGAAGCGGGUAUUUUUAUGGACUGUUUUAUAGUUAUGUUACAAAUGUUUAUUACAACUCGAAAGCAUUCACUGUUAUUUUUCACUUGUACCGUAGAAUACGUAUUUAAAUUUUUACCUUUUUUUUUUAAAAAAAAGAAGAGAAAUUAACUCAAAAACAUUUAAUUUAGUAAAGAGAGUUUCUAUAAGCAAGUGAAAACAGCUAGUGUACUGCUGGAGUUUAACUGGAGUGCACUGUUACCACUAGUACAAAUUGACAAUUUUUAAUAAACUAUCUCAACUAAUCCAUUCAUGGAGCCUUUUGAAUUAUUACAUUCCAUCAGUAGAAAAUUGCUUCUUCAGCGCCAUCUGCAUUGUAUAUAACAGGAUAGAAUCAUCAGUUUCGUUUUUAACUGACGCACUUGGGUAGAGAAAUCUUUGGAUGUCAAGCUUUUUAAUUUUUAGAUGCAAAUUCAUGAUUUAUUACCAAAUUUCCCUAUAUUUGUUAUUUAUAGGUCAGAAAUCAUUCAUUUUAAUUUGAUGAUGUUACCUUCCUAAUAAGUGUUCCUCAAUUCUGAGAGAUCUUUUUUUUUUUUUG